CUUUCCUCCCAUAUGCCGGUUUACUAUUUUGAAUGUCGGAACUAUCCCGGUCCAUUGCCGGCAGGGCUUGGUCCACCCCAAACCGGACGGUUCGAGACUGUUCCACAUUCCUUGGGUUGGAUUGACUUACCUAAACCCUCAACUUGGAAAGAUGUGAUAUAUGCCCAUAUUGACCCAAUAAGAUGGUUCAAUUUGGUUCUCAGUUUGACCUAGAGCCAUGCACACUACUAGAUUCACAAUGGACUAUGAAGUAGUUAAAAUGGUAGUUUAAGAAAGUUCAUAUUGGAAAGUAAGAAAGCAAGUAGAAUGUCCAAAAUAAGUUCUGUAUCUUAGCACAUAAGUAUUCUUCUAAAAGCUAGUAUUGAAAUACAAGAUUCAUAUAAAGACAUCAAAAAUGCUUGCUAGAUUGCCUCUUCCUGUAUAUUGCAUGUGCAUCUGUCAAUACAUAUAAAGUUGAGAGAAAGAUUUUCCUUAUAGAAAGUUUGGGAAGUUGAGUGAUGCAGAACGGGGGUGGGUGCUGCUGAAUUUUUGGUGGAUGAUGGCUGAAAUUGGUUGGACCCAAAGCUAAUUUGGGUUAGGAUGUGGGAGGAAGGGAUUAGGCCUACGGUUUUAGAUCUAAAACCUAAAGGACUUUGUGAUGAUUGGGCGCUUAAGGGAUUAGAGUUAUGGCAUGAUGAAGGUUGGCGGGUGGUAGAAGGAACAAUAGAAGGUGCUGCAGUUUUGAUAGUAACAAGAUAACUAUAGGUUGAAUAGAAGAGUCUCACCUUUAUUCUAAAUCCAAGAAUUUUCCGAUGUCUCAUUGAGGAAGAAAGAAAUCUUUAGAGUUUCACCAAAGGAGGAAGAAGCAGCCUCUUGCCUCUAGAUCACAAGAGCAAUUAAAACCAAAAUUAAUUCUAAAUUUUAUUCUUCAACCUCUCCUUUAUAUAGAGUAAGAGGUUGGAAAAAUAAAAACUCUUACAACCAGAAUUUUAGGACUCCAAUUAAAUAUGAACUCUUUUAAAUCAAAUAAAUUAAUUGACGAAAUCAACUGACGAAAUUCACUAAACCAACUAAGACUCCCAAAUAACUAGGAUUCUUUUAAGAUAUAUGGACUAAGAGUUCAAAUCAGCUAGGAUUCUUUCAAACAACAUAUAGACUCAAUAAAUAAAACUCCAAAUAAUCUAGAACUACUCAUGAUGCAUGGAAGAGAGUCCAAAUCAACUAGAAUUCUUCUCCAAAUGCCACAUGGACCACAUAGACAACUUCUAACCACUCAAGGAUUCCUCAACGCCAUGGACUCUGUGAUUUCAUGGCGUUGGGACCCAAACUCCAAUUGAUUCAACACAACUAAACUAAAGGACUCAAUCUCCAUAUGACUGAACAUGUCCAAACAAACAAAAAGGAUUCAAUAUAAUUGGGCGUUGAAAUACUCGAACCCAAUGUAACUAGGUGAUGAAAAUCUUGGACCUACUGUAAUUCUGGCACACCCAAGCAAUGAUCCAAACAUGACGCACAUCUAGGAUGACUCAAGCUCCUGCUCCUGCAUCAAUUCUCUCCGACUGAGAAGAACUCGACUCCGUCGAGUUGGGGCUGAAGAGCUCGUGCAAAGGCGCGGGAUCUCCUCUGUCUUCAGCCACGAAUACUCUGAAAGGGAAAGAGAUCUUGAAAAUCAGCAAAGGAAUAUCUUUUCAGACUUACAUAAAACUUCUCCGAUCGAAGAACCUGAAGAUCUUGUUGAAGAACCAACCGAUGCGAACACGGUUCUAUCUUCAUGGCCAAUCUCUGCUGAAUUUUCUGAAUUGUCUUUCUUAGGCAAUUCUUCUAGAGUUAUAUCAGAAAGAUCACCUCUGAAAUUUUAUCUUCCACGUUGGCUUCUUUCUUGUCCUCAAUCUCAGCGGGUCUAUGAGGAACUUCAGAGGAAGGAGAAGGGAUCUUAGCGGCAGGGACAUCAUCAGAUAGUGUUGCUAAAUUUUCAAAAUCAGCAUCAAGAUCUUUUUUGAAUAUCUGCUGAUCUUUAGUGGGACAAAUAUCAGCGAGGUGCCCUCGGCCACCGCACUUGGAGCAAUCGGAAAUUUCAGAUCUUAUAGAUGGAAAAAUACCUCGAGGAGGAGUGCCUUUGUUGCUGCGUUCUGAAGGACAGCUGCACAUAUUUACUAUGGCACGCAGAGUUCGGACUAGGUUGCCGGCACGUCACAUUCCUCGUAGCUUCAGCCAGCAGCACAUAAUCCUUCGUGCCCUUCAUCGGGGCCAUAUUAACCAAGCCAUAACCAGCCACCGCAGCCACUUGCAGUUCCCUCCAAUCCGACGUAGCCGUUGGUCUCGCAGCCUCCACGGAGCUCCACCUGUUCGCAGCCUCCACGGAGCUCCACGUGUUCGCAGCCUCCACCGAGCUCCACGUGCUCGUAGCCUCCACCGAGCUCCACCUGUUCACAGCCUCCGGAGCCACUUGCAGCUCCCUUCACUCCAAGCAAGAAGCAGGCCCCUCAGUGCCUCUCGAGCUGCACCAAUCCGCAGCCCUCAUCACCACCUGCAGGUUAUGGAAUUGGAGAGACAUGGGUACAGCAACAUGUUAGAGCUGGGUCCCUCUGCUAAUUAUCUCUGGAGCCAAGAAACUAGCCUUCUUGAGACCAAGGCCAUGGAGGUUGAUGAGGAGGUUCGCACCUUGAAGGAAGAACUAGAGGCCAUCCAACAAGAGCACGCUGAGUUGCGACAGAAACAGAGGGAGCUAGUAGCCCAACUGUCUGUUCUUCUGGAGACUAUACGAGCCAUUAAGAGCCAGGCCUCUGAGGCGACCAAGUGUGAUGACAUAUGUUUCCAGCCAAAUCCAAGCCUUCGUAGCCACCUGCAGGUUAUGGGACCUGAGAGGCGUGGGAAUGUCCACAUGCUAGAACUGAGUGUCUCACCUAGUGAAGUUUUGAGCCAACCAACUAGCUUUGUAGAGGUCAUCCGGAAGUUCUCAGAGCAAAUUGAGGAGGUUCGCACCUUAAAGGAAAAGGCACAGGCUGUUCGACUGUCAAAUGCCAAGUUGCGACAAAAACAUGUGGAACUAGAAUCCCUUGCGAAAGCUAUACAGAGUCAGCUCCUAAAGGAGUACAUAUGUCAUGAUACAUGUUCGCCACCAUCUCAUACAAAACAGGUGCUUUUGCCAAUCAAGAACUCCACUGAUCAGGAGGGUCUGCAUAUGCAACAAAUUGGCUCGUCAUCCUCAAGCCAGAUUGUUCCACAAAAUCAGAUUGCAGACAUUUCACAUGAUGCUGGGACUCCUGCUAUAUGAUCAGUCUAUGGAAAGGCAUCUAAAGAACCAUAAAUUUCUUCUCUGAAAACUGGAGCUGCGAGACAUCCAUGGAUUUUUCUUGUGUUCUUAGCAUAUGUUGGAACUCCUUGCAUUUCAUUCUCAGUAUUUUGGCGUACGUGCCGUGUAUAGAUCAUCUUAGUAAACCUUGACAAUAUUUGAAUUAAAGAAAUCUGCAACUGUUGCAUCUUCAAUUUUUAGGGGCCUUAGCAUUCCUAAUGUCAGAAACUCAAGCAGGCUUUAUUAUUUUCUCUA